UCCCAGGACUGAAGUGCUUUUUGAAUCUCCAUUGAUGCUUCUUUUUUUCCUUUUUUCCUCACAUGAGAAGAGUUGAUGAGAUUGAUAUUACUAAUAUUGUUCCUCAGUGCUUUCCUCCUUGGACCUGUCACUACGUUUCAGAAUAAUUCAGCAUCUCACAUAGAUAUCAGCAAAUGAGAAAGGAAUGGAAACGCCCGCCGGGUGGCAGAGAGAGAGGGGAUCCCGCUCAUCUUCACACGGUCACUGGUUCUUCUCAGGGUCCGGAGAAGGAAUGGUGCAAAAACUGGACCAAAAACUUCCGGUAGCUAAUGAGUACCUGUUGCUCUCUGGAGGAGUCCGGGAAGGUGUGGUGGAUCUGGACUUAGACGAGCUGAAUGUCUACGCCCGGGGCACGGACUAUGACAUGGACUUCACCCUUCUGGUGCCCGCCCUGAAGCUGCACGACCGUAAUCAGCCUGUGACACUCGAUAUGCGCCACUCGGCCUUGUGCCACUCCUGGCUGAGCCUGCGGCUCUUUGACGAGGGGACAAUCAGCAAGUGGAAAGACUGCUGCACCAUCGUGGAUCACAUCAAUGGUGCCACCAACUACUUCUUCUCCCCCACCAAAGUGGCCGACUGGUUCUACGACUCCAUCAGCAUCGUCCUCUCAGAGAUCCAGAAGAAGCCCCAGCGAGGGAUGCCAAAGGUGGAAAAGGUGGAAAAGAACGGGACCAUCAUCUCCAUCAUCCUGGGGGUGGGGAGCAGUCGCAUGUUGUACGAUAUCGUCCCGGUGGUGUCUUUCAAAGGCUGGCCCGCGGUGGCCCAGAGCUGGCUUAUGGAGAACCACUUUUGGGAUGGGAAGAUCACAGAGGAGGAGGUCAUCAGUGGGUUUUACCUGGUCCCCGCUUGCUCCUAUAAGGGUAAGAAGGACAAUGAGUGGCGGCUGUCCUUUGCCAGGAGCGAGGUGCAGCUGAAGAAGUGCAUCUCCAGCAGCCUCAUGCAGGCCUACCAGGCCUGCAAAGCCAUCAUCAUCAAACUGCUGUCCCGGCCCAAGGCUAUUAGUCCUUACCACCUGCGGAGCAUGAUGCUCUGGGCCUGCGACAGACUCCCCGCCAACUACUUGGCUCAAGAAGACUAUGCAGCCCACUUUUUGCUGGGCCUCAUGGAUGACCUGCAGCACUGCCUGGUCAACAAGAUGUGCCCCAAUUACUUCAUCCCUCAGUGCAACAUGCUGGAGCACCUGUCGGAGGAGACGGUCAUGCUGCACGCCCGGAAGCUGUCCUCUGUGCGCUCAGACCCUGCGGAACACUUGCGCACCGCCAUCGAGCACGUCAAGGCUGCCAACCGACUGACCCUGGAGCUGCAGCGGCGGGGGAGCACCUCCAGCAUCCCCUCCCCACAGUCCGAUGGCGGGGACCCCAACCAGCCCGAUGACCGCUUGGCCAAAAAACUGCAGCAGCUGGUGACUGAGAACCCGGGGAAGUCCAUCUCUGUCUUCAUCAACCCCGAUGAUGUCACCAGGCCCCAUUUCAGAAUCGAUGAUAAAUUUUUCUGAGUGUCCUGCUGAUUUGAUCUUGCCCCUUCCCGGUUCUAAAACUCUUAUCCUGCAUAGUGUGGUUGGUGAUUCCGUCUUUCCGUUUUUUACAUAUCCAGUUUUGAUUGGAUUCAUUAAGAACACAGUUUGAGUUUUCUGGUUCUAAAGGAUAGUGCAGGCUCUGAAACAGUAUAUUACUAUUUCAUAUUCUGCCUCUGCGUUAUGUUUUUCAGUUCUCGUAGUGUAGUUUCAUUUGUUGUGUUUUUCUGUUGUUUGUUUAAAAAGGAGAACUUGAGCCAUAGAUGGAAAUGCCCAUGAAUCCUCUUGCUUUUUUUUUUGUUUGUUUGUUUUUGGUUGCAUAUUCUGUGCAAAUUUGUUAAUGGAUCUUAGGAAACAAAUCUCUUUCUGAUACUUAAGGUUCUAUUAUAUUUUUGUUUUGUUUCUGCCUUUAUUUUUCUAAUGACUUUUCAUAACUUUGGAAAUUUGUGAAUCCUAAGUACCUGGGAACUCCCUGGCUUGUUGGUUGGAUCUCUUUCUUUACUGACCAGGAUCCAGAAUAGCUUCCCUGCUUUUCCACCAAACAGUGUAAACUUUGAAAGUAAUGUUACAAAUUGUGUUUUGGAGCAGCUUUAUUGAAUGUAAUUGUGCUCGAAUAAGCAUAUAUUGGAGGGUUUGGAGGGUGUGUUUGGUAGCUUCCCCAACAGAGUUAAGGUUUCCAAAUGCUAGUUUUAGAGUAUAUAAUUAUUUGAAGCCUUAUUUAAAUCUUAUUAAAGAACAUACCAUUAUAAUUGUUAUUUGCACUAAUGAAAUCUUUGCCAUUGUUGGAAUUGUGAUGUGUAUUUCAGUAUAAAUUAACAUCCACUCUUGAAAUGCUCUCAUGUUUUCAGUUAGCCCAUUUCUCUCAGUCAGUAGAAUAAUUCUUUUGCAUUUGUUUAGUUCUCCUUUAAUUGUGGGGUCCUGUUUUGCCCUCUUUGAUAUUCCUGGUUUCUGUCUCACUGAGAGAAGUUUUUAAAAUUCUCUGUCUGUCCAUUGACUCUGUCUAAAGCUGAGAAAGAUGUAUACUGGAUAAAGUAGGUGUCUUUGUAUUUAUUUCUUUGGGGGUUCUAGAGAUAAGCUUUUUAAUAAAGGCUCUUUACUUCUCCUGAGCUUUUGUGGAAAACUGACAGGAAAAGAUUAUUAUCCCCAAAUAGAAGGUACCAUGACUGCUCAAAAGCAGGGCAUACUGCAGAGCAGGGACCAGGAAAUAUCUGUGGGUGGCAGUAUUGGAAUAAAGCUGUCCUGUCUUCAGGAAUGAAAUUAUUCACCAGGUUUAGGUACUGCAAGGCUUUGGCUCGCUGUUUUGGUAUGAACUCGAGGCAAACUGUGGUGAUCGAGGGGUCAAAGGGCCAGCCAAUCUCCCAAAGGACAACCCAUGAUAUCUGCUAAUGGAAAAGUCAGCCAACAUACUGGUUUUAUUCUUGAAUAUCCAAGCUCACAGUUGUGGGAUUAUGGCCAUUGGAAGUCAGGCAUUUGUGGUCUUGGAUUUUUGCAUGGGAAUUAAUGUAAUGCUUAUAAAAUGAAAAUGAAACCAUUCAACAAUCUUAAGUCAGACGCAAAGAUAAAUAAUAAAAAAGAAACAUACAGGCCUUGAAA